CAGGACACAUGCAUCCCGACUUCGCUCAAUAAAUUGCUUCUCCUGCCAUGAGGGAACUCCGCAUAUAAUCUCUGUUCCCAGCGCCAUACCCUAUUCUCUACAUCUCUUCUACAUCUCUUGCGGGUGCGAUCUGCCCUGCAUCAUCUGGUCUGACCUGCGUUAGUCCCACGCGCCAUAAUGCUUCCCUACAUCAAUGCACCAUUCAACUAUGUAUCCAAUGCGCUUGGAACAUCUACCGAUGAAUUGAAAUUCGUUUUUACGUGGUACCUGUCUUACCCUCUUGCUGGUGUCCUGAAGCGCAUACCGGACAAGGAGCCUUGGAAGAAGAAUGCAUUCAUCAUAGGUGUCGCUCUUUUCUACUUGGUGGGCCUGUUCAAUCUCUGGAACGGUCUCUUGACCCUUACCAUUAGCGCUGGAGGCGCCUACUUGAUCUCAGCGAAGAUCCAGUCGCCCUAUAUGCCAUGGAUUGGCUUUGUGUUCCUCAUGGGGCAUAUGUCUGUUAGCCAUAUCUACCGCCAGAGGGCCAACGAUCCAUCGAGUGUAGAUAUCACUGGUGCGCAAAUGGUUAUGAUAAUGAAGCUUACUGCAUUCUGCUGGAACGUUCAGGAUGGCAAACUACCUGAUUCUGAGCUGUCCGAAUUUCAAAAGGAGCACGCUAUCCGCAAGCUACCAGGACUCCUCGACUACGCUGCCUACGUGCUCUUCUUUCCAAGUCUACUAGCUGGCCCAGCAUUUGACUAUUGUGACUAUAGCCGUUAUAUAUCGACGACUAUGUUUACGCUGCCCCCUGGGACAGAUCCUUCGAAGGCUCCUCCUACUCGCAAGAAGCGCAAAAUUCCACGAAGUGGCACUCCGGCUGCAAUCAAGGCUAUCUAUGGGACAAUAUGGAUUGUCCUGUUCCUCAAAUUCUCUGGGUGGUAUAAUACUACCGAACUCCUUAGUCCCAAGUAUAUGACAUACUGGUUCCCACGUCGAGUGUUUGGGCUGUACAUGCUCGGGAUCACCACUCGUAUGAAGUACUACGGUUGCUGGAGUCUGGCUGAAGGCGCGUGCAUUCUGUCUGGUAUCGGUUAUAACGGGAUUGACUCUGUUACCGGCCGCGCAAAGUGGGAUCGCCUCACCAACAUCAAGCCGAUGGAGAUUGAACUCGCCCAAAACACGCGUGCUUUCCUAGGCGGAUGGAACAUCAACACGAAUCUCUGGCUGAGGAAUUACAUGUACCUCCGCGUCACGCCAAAGGGCAAGAAACCUGGAUUCCGUGCCACUCUGGCAACCUUUGUGACCAGCGCAUUCUGGCACGGUUUCUACCCCGGAUAUUACCUUUCAUUCGUUUUGGCAUCUUUCCUACAGACCAUUGCAAAGAAUGGACGCCGACUUGUACGCCCCCUUUUCCUCACACCUGAUGGCAAAGCCCCCCUCCCCUCGAAGAAGUACUAUGACAUCUUCACCAUCUUCCUUACCCAAGCAGCUUUCGCCUUUACGACCGCGCCAUUCGUAUUUCUGUCUUUCACAGACUCAAUCACUAUCUGGGCUCGUGUCUACUUCUACACCUUGAUUGGCACCGCCGCCUCGUUUGCUCUUUUCUCUCGCUCGCUUCCUUUCCGGCAACAACUCAUCAAGCGCCAACAAACUCGCCAACCCCCAGCCCCACCUAUCGACGUAUCCACCAUCGAAAAGGCCGCAAGGGAGGAAGUGCAAAAAGACAAAACGCUGCACCGUGAGGGCUCGGAUGCAGAUAGCUUGCAUCAACGUGCUCCAACACUCGGCCUUCCAGAUGAUCCCGAGAGGGAAAUACAAGAGAUCGUGGAUGAGGUUAGGAGAGAGAUCGAUGAGAGGAGAAGGCGGGGCAGCUUGUCGGCACAGAGCAUCGAUGUCAAGAAGGCUGUCCAGCAGAAGAUCAAAGAGUUCCAGAGAAAGUAAUUGCAAGGUGUUGUUGGCCAGCGGGGCCAGCGGGGCAUUGAGGUCAUAGAUCACAUCGAUGUCUAGAUGAAUCAUAGCGCAGUAACUGGAAGUAUACGUGACAUGGGCGGAUGAAUUAUCAUGCAUAACUUCGGCGAUUGAUAGCAUAAUCUUGUUUCUUUUCAAAGCCUCUAUUUCGAUCAUAGAGCCUGCUAUGUACUGUUUCUCCUCUAGAUAACAAUAGUUCAUGUAAAACAACACUGAC